UUUGAAAGUUGUAAAAUGACAGAUUCAGAAGUUGUCAAAAAAAUUGAUAACGAAAUUCCCCUAGAUAUCUAGAAGACGUCGAAAACAAAUAGAACAUUAAAAUUAAGGCGUGCAGAUCACACAUAAACCUGAUGUAAAAAAAAAACCUUUCCGAUUGCGUUACAUAAUUUAUUUGUGCUUGGCCUUUGCCGCGAUUGCAUGUAAACAAAACGUAAUUUCGCGCGCAAGUGACGCAAUCGCGUUUUUGUGGAAAAGUGCCUACUAAACUCCGCACCAACAACUACGUCUACUUACAGUCAUUCUUUGGUUACGUCCGUCUAUUUUAUUGUAGAUACGAUUAUUUUUUAGUUAGUGUAACCGCGAAAAAUAAUGCCGGAACAUAGAUAAUAAUUAGACGUCGUCCGCGUGGGAUACACGUUGUGUGUUAAACUGUGGUUAAAUUGUUACAUAGUUUUUCUAAUAAACGACAUGAUUCAAUUAUAAAGUAACAGGAAAGAAAAUUAAAAUCAAGUGAACUAACUCGGUUCUUUUCUUUCUUGAUUGAAAUGUUUUGAGACAAGUGUUUUAAUUAAAAUCAAACAUAUGUUAAAUGAACGCUAAUGAAGAUAGACCCCCUAAUCGGGGUUCGCCUAAAUCGACUGGAUUACAGGAAAGAAUCGGUCAAAUCUUUUAUACUUAUGGAUUAUUUUGUAUCUCAUAUCCAGUUUUCAUUCUUACUUUUGCGAUAACUAUAGCUUUAUUAUGUUCUUAUCCUUUAAUCAAUUUCCCAUUACCGGGAAGUUUACCAGUUGGUUUAUGGCAAACUUCACCAAAUUACACCAGUGGUCAACCACCUGAACCACCUUGGUGUUAUGUCCAACAAGUUAUCUUAAGAAUUGCUGUUGUUCCAUGGGCUGAUGAGCUUGUUUUGACCGAUGCAUUUAGGGCACCUUUAUAUGAAUCGUUUAAAUUAUUAGAAACAGUGAGAAAUUAUCAAAAUGAUGAAAGUUUGCGAACAUUGGGACAUGUUUGUUUACACGUCGAGUCCGUUAAAAAAGUUAAAGAGGAACAAAAUGGGGUACUACCCGAGUACAGUUGUUUGGUUUUAUCUCCCGCAAAUUUUUGGCAUCAAGAUGUUCAAUCGUUUGUACAAGAUUCCAAUAUUAUUAAUACUAUUUUUAAUCAUCAGACAUUGCAAAAAGGUAAAAGUUCUUUAGCGGACAUGUUAUUUGGAAUGCAUUUAUCAGAUACGGGAAUAAAAAGGUACCCUUUACGAAAUCGGAGACGAAUUCUUCAAUAUGCAAUCACCUUAUUUCUUAAAGAAUACGACGAAACAUAUGUAACCGGUUUACGUUCGAAACUACAAUUAAAUUAUCCGUUACACCAAAACCUAAACCAAAGUAUAACCAGUGAUAUCAACAUAAAUUCAACUUUUAUAAUUCAAUAUCCCGGCGAUGUAAAUUUCUACGAAUACCUCCCGUUUGUUGUAGCUUUAUUUUUAGUAUUUUUUUACUAUUACUAUUCAGUUCGUAAAAUGGAAGUGAUUAAAUCGAGGUUAGGGAUGGCUUUCUCUGUAAUUGUAACAGUACAAACAAGUAUAAGCAUGACAUUCGGACUUUGUUUUUUCUUCGGAUUAACAUUAUCGUCAAUGGCAAAACAAAUAUUUCCCUAUUUAGUGAUAAUAGUUGGUGUAGAAAACGUUUUGGUUUUAACAAAAAGUGUUGUUUCAACACCCGAACAUUUAGAUAUAAAAAUAAGAAUAGCUCAAGGAUUAAGUAAAGAAGGAUGGUCGAUAACGAAAAAUUUACUGCUCGAAAUAACAAUUUUAACAAUUGGUUUAUUUACUUUUAUUCCGUUUAUUCAAGAAUUUUGUAUCUUUGGAAUCGUCGCUUUAAUAUCAGAUUUUUUCUUACAAAUGUUAUUUUUUUCAACCAUUUUGGGAAUUGAUACGAGACGAAUGGAAAGCUCGUCGGAAAAAACUGAUUUUCGAAAUAAUUUGUAUCAAAAUAGUUUUGAAAAAACUGCUUUGAAUAAUAUAGCUCCUGUUAAAGGAUUGAUUCGAUCGAAAUCUCAUCCGAGAUUAAACGUACAUCAUGCCAACGUUGUUCAUAAUUACGAAAAAAAAAUCCCUAAACGAGUUAGAUUAGUGAAUAUUUGGGCGAGAACGAGAUUCUUUCAACGUUCUUUUAUGAUAUUAAUGAUAGCUUGGAUUAGUAUGAUUUUAUAUAACUCUGGAUUAAUGAAAUAUUAUUUUAUGGAUAUCACUGAAAAUAAUGGGGUGAAAGAUCAAAAAAAUUCGACUCCAAUUAAUUUUAAUCCUUUGAUUAAAUCGCGAAAUGCUUCGUUUUUAAAGGAAUCAAUUGCUCAACAUUCUUUAAGUUAUCUACUUAAUAACACGGAAGAAUUACAAAAGUUAUUACAUUCGGAGUAUUCACCUUGGUUGAAAUUAUCUACACAACAUUGGUCAUCGAUUUUGUUGAAGUAUAAUGUUUCGUUAAGCGGAAAACACAUUGCUAUUUUACCUCCGAUUACUAUUUCACAUGCGAUUCCGCCCGAACGAGCUUUAUUAUUAAGAAAUCCUAAAGAAAAGAAUCAAAAAUUUGAAUGGAACUCUUUAGCAGCUGCUUUAGAUCCAAUCGAUUUCUCAGAGGGUGCCUCAAAUUUAAAUAACCUCCCACAAUCUGAAAGACCACUUUAUCCAACAUCACCAAUGGAAAUAUUUUUAAUAACGAUUCUCGCUAUAAUAAGCAUCACCGUUUUGGCGUAUAUCGUUGUAGUUCUUUAUAAAACAGUGUGUUCGCGAAAUUACGCCGAAUGGCGCACUUCAUGGACAAAAGAAAAAACGGACGAAGCAGCCGAUGUUCCCGUUAUGUUAGAAGUUGUUCCAAUCGUUUUAAAAGGACAUCUUCAAGAAGUUGAGUGUUUAGCAACUGAUGGGACGAGCGUUGUUAGUAGUUGUCUUGGGGGGCAAUUAAAAGUUUGGGAUUCAGUUACUGGAGAAUUACAAUCAACCAUCGAUCGAAAUUUUUUCUUUCGUAAACAACGUAGCAAUACAAUAGAAGAUUGCGAUGAUAAUAACAUUUCCGAUUAUGAAUCAAGUUCACCACCAUCACGCGAAAGUAGUUUAUUACAAUUUCCCAGUUUGAAAGAUAAGAUUUGUUUAAAUUUCUCGAAUGCUCUAUACAAGCGAGUUUCCGAUAAUCAAUCGGAACGUUUCGAUUUCGGCGAAGACUAUCGGCUUUUAUACUCUGAACGACCACAAAAUUUUCAAAGUCAUAACAAAGCGUUAUCUUGGUUAAGACAAACGGAACAAUACCGAGACGAAGAUACAAGUUUAAGUUGCGAAAACUUAAUACAAAUCGACGAAAAGAAUGAGAAAAACGCAGUUUUUAUUAAAAAAUAUAAAUUUUCACCUAUUUGGUGUAUGGAUUUUCUCGAUAAUUUGGUUGUGAUUGGAUGCGCUGAUGGGAGAUUAGAAUUUUGGGAAGGGACAACAGGAAAAUUUAAAUAUAUUUAUGAAGAUGAUUCUGAAAACGGUGGGGUGACCUCGGUUAAAAUGAUCGGAUCGAGAGUUAUCGCCGCUAGGUUACAUGGAACAAUCGAUUUUUUACAAUUGCAAAGUUAUAAUCAAGGUAGAGCGAUCGAUUGGAAUUUUUCUUGUGCUUAUAGAAGAACUCAUAUUCGAACCGGUUCUACGGGAUCAAUUAGCGACGCUAAAAAUGUUAUUCAAAUCUCUGAAAACGCAAAAGAGGAUAUGAGAUGUUUUAAAGUACUUUGUGCGAAAGCACAUCAACAACCAAUAACAUGUUUGGACUGCGAGGGAGGUCGCAUUUUAACUGGAAGUCAAGAUCAUACAUUAAAAGUUUUUAGGUUGGAGGAUGGGACGCCUUUGUAUACUUUACAUGGGCAUUGCGGACCAAUAACUUGUUUGUUUAUUGAUAGAGUAAGUCCAGGAACUUCUGGAAGUGGAUCUCAAGAUGGAAUGUUGUGUAUUUGGGAUUUAUUAACAGGUACUUGUAUGUUUAGUAUACAAGCCCAUGAUGGUUCAGUAACUUCAUUAACUUAUUCGGCAAGUUAUGUGAUUUCUUUGGGUACUGACGAAAGAAUAUGCGUUUGGGAACGAUUUCAAGGUCAUUUAUUGAAUACAAUUUAUGUUCAAAAUUCUUUUACAAGCCAAGUACAAAUGUUAAGUCCGCAUUUGGUGGUGACGGCUCGUUCGAGUAGUUUAGUUAUUUAUGACGUUCGUACAACGGAAGUUAUCCGACACAUUGUCCUUGGGCGAUCUCCACUAGUUCUUGUUAAUAAUCUUUUGAUGUUGCGAGAUUCAGUUGUAUGCGAUUACGCGAAUCAAUUGCGAAUAGUAAGAUUUCCCAUUAUUACAAGAAAAUACGAUUGAUAUGAAAAGAGAAUAAACAAACAAAAGGAGUUUAGUGCCUUAAGAUGGUGGUGAAAAUGAAAAAUAGGAAAGCGUUUUAUAUUGUUGUAAAUAACGAGAUCUUUUAGUAGUUUUUUUUUUGUUUUGAUUUUAUACAUUUUUUUCUUUUCGUUUUUUUUAAGGUAAUGUAAAAAUAGAAUU